AUGGCUAACAUUAGUGACUCCAUUGCUUUGAACAUAGCUUUUUAUCCAUGGUUUGCUCUAGGCCACCUUACUUCGUUUCUCCGAUUAGCUAACAAGUUAGCUGAAAGGGGUCACAAAGUCUCCUAUUACCUUCCAACUAAAACACAAUCCAAAUUAACUUCUCAAAACCACUACCCAGACCACUUAACUUUAAUACCGAUCGAUGUUCCACCCGUCGAUGGCCUUCCUCCUGGGGCCGAGACAACCAACGAUGCGCCCUCAGCUGCGCCCCUUAUCAUGACUGCCAUGGACAUGACUCGUGAUACUAUUGAAUCCCAUCUAGCCCAACUCAAACCCGACUUUGUUUUUUAUGACUUCGCUUAUUGGAUGCCUGAACUAGGCAGAAAACAUGGGUUCAAAACAGUGCACUACAUCACUGGAUAUAUAGCAAGAUACGCUGGCUUUGCCACCUUCAUCAACAAGCAUUUUUCCAUGAAAGAGGCCGCCGAUAAAGCAGAAACACUACCGGAACUUCCAACCGAAAUCUUUCGGAUGCGAGUACAUGAAUCCAAGAUUAUGGCGGGUGUAGGGUUCAAGAAAUUCGGACUUAAAGGUCUCACACUAGGUGAACAAUUCGGUAUAUCUUUUCGAGAAUGUGAUGCUAUUGGAGUUAAGAUAUGUAAGGAGAUGGAAGAGUUUUAUUGUGAGUUUGUUGAGAAGAUUGUAGGGCCUGUGGUGCCCAAACCCCCGUCGUCGAAACUCGAGGAGCGUUUCGACGACUGGCUAAAGGGAUUUGCUUCUGCUAGUGUUAUAUAUUGUGCACUCGGGAGCGAAUGUACUCUGGAACUGAACCAAUUUCAAGAGUACGUGUUAAAUUCUAGUGGGAAUGUGUAUCUUGCAUUAUCAUUGAGUUAA